AUGCUCCUCAAACCCCGCCUCUUCACCCCACUCCUCCGCUCAACAGUAACAGUAAGAACAAGAACAACCAUCCCCAAUAUCCGCACAAUGUCCGCUGCUGCUGCACCGCAGAAGAUUGAGUGGCUCUGCAUCAUGCCUGACCAGCCGGAUGCGCUGGCGAGGAGGGUGGAGGUUAGGCCAAAACAUUUCGCCGGCCUACAAGCACUAAUCGACAGCGGGUUCAUCAAUUUUGGCGGCGCAUACCUCGACGAACCCGAGCAACCCAACACGCCACUCGCCUUCCGCGGCAGCGUACUCACCUGCCUGGCGGCCACGCGCGAGGAGGUCGAGGAGACGCUGCGGAAGGACCCGUACACGGUGGGCGAGGUGUGGGACUGGACAAAGGUGCAGAUCUAUCCGUUCAAGUGUGCGGUGAGGUUGCCGUUGGUGAAAUAG